AUGCCAACCGAUGAUACAUCAAGAAAGAUUGUUGGCAGGAAUACAAAUCCUAGCCAACGCCAUCGACAUUUAAGAAAAGGUCAAGCGAUGGUAGACAGAGAAAAAAAUAGACCAAGAUUGCAGCAACAUACCUUGGUCACUGGUGAAACCAUUAAAGACAAACAGCAAAAAGCACGAGAAGAGAGGGAAGCAAAGAGAGCAUCAUUAGAUGCGCGGCAUGAUUUUAUAUUGCAAAAUGUAGCUAAUGCACUGAAUAUUGAUUAUACUGAAGUUGAGGAUUCUGUACUGGAAGGAAGCCAGAUUGCUGAAAUGGACAAAUUUUUCGAAAUUGAUGGUGCAGCCCACUUAAUAUUUUUCUAUCAAGAACUAGUUAUACCUUACGGCGAUAAUGCUGUUGAAUACGUUCGCUUGGGACCUGGUGGUGCAACUAAGAUCAAAACUUCGAAAUAUAAAUUGUAUAUAACCAAUGGAAAGGAUGAUAAAUUAAGCGGAAUAUGCAUGUUCUUUCUCCGUCCUGACAAUACGAAGCCAAUUAAUAUGGAAAAUAUUACCAAAGAUGUCGUUUUUGGAUCCAUUGAUUGCCGUGAAGGAGGACUAUUAAAAGCCAUCGAAAAAUUAUUAUCGGAUCUUUACAUUCCAGCUCUAACCAAUCAAUGUGAAUGGGGAGAUUUAUCUUCCAGGCAACGACGUGUAGAAUUUCUCGUCAGUUUAGAUUCUUUCGUUAAUAUUUUAGCUGGUGCUGAGUCUAGCUUAAAGGACACAGUGGUUCUCAAAGAAUGUGAAACUGUCGAUUUAUCUGGUAUGACUCAGCCAACAGAUUAUGUUUCAGCAGCAAAUUCAUCAGACACGUUAGAAUCUGUUGAAAUACAUGUUCAAGUAUGGAUUAAACAAAUUGAACAGGUCUUGGCCGAAAGUGAGCAAAUGAGAAAAGAAGCAGAUGAUAUCGGCCCCAAAGUAGAAUUAGAGCACUGGAAGAAAAGAAUGGCUCGAUUUAAUUCUCUCUUGGAUCAAAUUAAAGGUGUAGAAUGUAAGGCAGCGAUUGGCGUUUUACAUGCUGGAAAAUCGAAAUUGUUAAAGAUAUGGCGUGAUUUAGAUACUCGUAUCACCGAUGCAGCUAACGAAGCCAAGGAUAACGUUAAGUUUUUGUAUACACUGGAAAAAAGUUGCGAGCCUCUUUACAGCUGCGAUCCGGUGGCAAUGGUGGAUGCUGUGCCUGGACUUAUCAAUGCUAUUCGAAUGAUUCAUAGUAUUUCACGCUACUAUAACACAUCAGAAAGGAUGACAUCGUUAUUUGUUAAGGUAACAAAUCAAAUGAUUACCGCAUGUCGUGCCUACAUUACUAAUAAUGGCUCUGCCAAAAUUUGGGACCAAGAACGUCCAGAUUUGAUUGAAAAAUUAAAUGCAUGCAUCCGAUUAAAUGAAGAAUACCAGCGUUCUUUUCAAAGGGCUAAACAACGUCUUGAAGAGAUACCGAAUGAAAGACAAUUCGAAUUUAGUGAAAUGUACAUUUUUGGCAAAUUUGAUACUUUUACACGUCGCUUAAAGAAAAUUAUUGAAAUGAUGAAUAUUAUCGAGCAAUAUCAAUGUCUAUCAACAUCGAAAAUUGAAGGAAUGGAAAAUAUGGCAGCAAAAUUUCAGGUCAUUUUAACCACGAUGAAGAAAAAACCUUAUGAUAUCCUCGAUCAGCGUAAAAUGGAUUAUGAUUCCGAUUUCGAAGAAUUUAAACGACAAAUCCAUGAUUUAGAAUCGCAAAUCAAGUUGUUUAUGGAUCAAAGCUUUGAUAAAAUUCAUAACACACAACGAGCUUUAUACUUGAUGAAGAAACUAGAAGCAUUGGGAUUGCCAAAUCUGGAUAUUGAAGAAAAAUAUGAGAAAAUUUUCUUCCAUUUCGGUCGUGAUGUCGAGGCAACGCAAAAACUCUAUCAAAAACAUAAAGCUGACCCUCCAGUUGGACGUGAUUUGCCACCUAUUGCUGGUAAAAUUGCAUGGGUAAGGCAGUUAUAUCGUCGCAUACAGGAUCCAAUGUCGGUGUUUAAGACAUUCCCUCGCAUUCUGCAAAGUCAAGAAGCAAAGAGAAUUAUUAAAAAUUAUAAUAAGGUAGCAAAAGUCCUAUUAGAAUAUGAAAUGAUUUACUACCACGGAUGGCAUAAGCAGAUCGAAGCUGCCAAGAGUGGCUUGCAUGCAUCGUUGUUAGUCCGCCAUCCUGAUACUGGAGAAUUAUUUGUUAAUUUCGAUCCGCAAAUUUUAACGUUAAUUCGAGAAACGGAUUGCAUUGGACGUUUAGAAUUAGAAAUUCCGGAGGUCGCUGCUUCUCUUAAGGAACGCCAAGCAUCAUUAAAAGAAAGCUAUCAUAUCUUAGAGCUCCUCCUUUCUGAGAAUAAGCGAGUAAGAUCGAAAAUUCCAUCUAACUUCGAAACAUUGUUAAUGCCUCACUUGGCUACGAUUGAUGCUGCACUUGAGCCAGGACUAUCCAUGCUAACAUGGACGUCGAUGAAUUUAAUGUCUUAUGUUAAGCAAGUGCAAGAAAAACUUCAAGAGUUAGAAUUAUUAAUUGAUCGUGCAAACGACUUGGUCAAAUGCCGUAUUCAAGCGCUACUUACCGAUAUGAGUAAUGUCCAAUUAUGUGAAUUGCCCGAAGAUGAGCCAUGGUCAAUCGCAGAGUUUGUUGAAAAAACGCAAGCAUUAUGCAAUCGAGGUGCUGCUCUGUUAGAAGCUAAAAGUGCACAAGUAGAAGAAGCUGCUAAUGAAUUGGUCGAUAUGUUGUGGGUACCCGAUGAAGAUGAUGAGGUCAAAGAAUUGGAAUUAGAGAGAGCAGAAUCCAGUUUUAGUGAUAAACCAGAUACUGCUGCACAAGAUAGUGAUAUAGAAGCUCCAGAUACACCAAGUUUGCGCUCUAAUAGUAAAAUUGGUUCACCUAUAACGGCAGCUGGUCGAGCUAUACAGCGUCGCAAGGAAAUGCGUGACAAUUUAAAAAUGGCUGCACAAGAGUUAAUCUCUCAUUUUAAUCAAAGUAAUUUAAAUGCUUUAUUACAAGUUACACGCUCUAUCUUAGAUGCCAUUAAGCGAAGAGUUACCAUUAGUACACGUAGCUAUAUUGAUCGUGGAGAUGUUAAGAGAUCAUUAAGUGCAACCUCAUAUGAAGUCAGAAGAAAUGAGAAAGUGCCAUGUUUCCGGGUCAAAGCUGUGCUAUCUAUUCCUAAUGUUGUUAUGCAACCAACACUAGAAGAAGUACAACAAGCAGUUAAUCGUGCAUGCCACCAUGUCUUGUCUGUAUCUCGCAAUGUUUCCCAGUGGGGACAGGAAAGACGGCGGAUAUUAAUCGAUCGAGAUCACGAUAAAAGUGGUAUAUACGAAUCACAAGCUAUGAGAAGUCGCUCGGUUAGCAAUGCUGCUAGUGAUGAUAGUCGCACUGAUAUAUCGGCAAUUCGUAGCCGUGGUAGUAAAAAUAAUCAAGGUGAAGGAGCCGGCGAUACUAUGACAUUAGGUAGUACAAUCGAGCCGAAAAAGAAUUACUAUAAAAAUAUUGCUGAAAAUAAAGAUAUCGCUAAGCAAGUAUCCAUGCUGUCGACUGCAAUUAUGUCCACCAAGAAAGAUAUUACUACUGCUUUAGAAGCAUUUUACUGCUAUGAAACAUUGUGGCAAAAAGAUCGUGAAGAAGCCAUUAAAGAAUUCAUUGAAGGCAAUCCUAAUUUAACUGAAUUUGAAGCUGAGAUAUUAUACUAUCAACGAAUGGAAAAGGAAAUCGUUGGUUUGCCUGAAUCAUAUAAUGUUGGCGCAAUUGCUCUUGUUACUGAUACGUUAAAGCUAUCAUUAACUUCAGAAACCAAAGCAUGGAAAAUGUUACUAGGUCGUCGUGCCAACUUAAAAUAUCGUACUGAAAUGGAAGAUAUAUUUAUGUUCAUCGAUGAUUUAACUAAGCGACUAAGUCGCCCAAUAAAAGAUUUAGAAGAUGUACGUAAUGCUAUGGCUGCAUUAAAAGAGAUUCGAAAUUCAGAAAUUAGAAUCGAUAUGUCGAUUCCACCAAUUGAGGAAUCAUACGCUAUGUUGCAUAAAUAUCAAUUGUUAGUUGAAAAAGAUGAAGCAGAAAGAGUUGAUACCUUGCGGUAUUCAUGGGAAAGAUUAUUAACACUGGCGGCGGAGAUUCAGACUCAAUUAAUUGUUAUUCAACCUGAGUUUAAAGCCAGAUUAUUAACUAAUGUUGAAGUUUACGCUUUAGAUACAAACAAAUUUGUUGAUGAAUUUAGACUUACCGGUCCUAUGGUUGUCGGUAUACCACCAGGUGAAGCUAGUGAUCGAUUAAUUAUCUUCCAAAAUCGUUUCGAUACAUUAUGGCGCAAAUUUGUGACAUACAGCGGUGGCGAAGAAUUAUUUGGAUUACCAGUUACCGAGUAUCCAGACUUAUUACAAAUCAAGAAAGAACUUUAUCUUUUACAGAAAUUAUAUAGCCUAUAUAAUGAUGUUAUUGACACCAUUAAUGGCUAUUAUGAUAUACCAUGGGCCGAUGUUAACAUAGAAAAAAUCAAUAUUGAAUUACAAGAAUUUCAAAAUAGAUGCCGACGAUUGCCCAGAGCCUUAAAGGAUUGGCCAGCAUACAAUGAUUUAAGGAAGAAAAUUGAUGAUUUUAAUGAAAGCUGUCCAUUACUUGAAUUAAUGACCAAUAGAGCCAUGAAAAGGCGUCAUUGGGAUAGAAUUGCACAAUUAACUAAUCAUGUCUUCGAUGUCGAUUCAGACACAUUCUUAUUACGGAACAUUAUGGAAGCACCAUUGCUGGAACAUAAGGAAGACAUUGAGGAUAUUUGUAUUUCGGCUACAAAAGAGAAAGAUAUAGAAGCUAAAUUAAAACUUAUCGUUAACGAAUGGAGUACUCAAGAGCUGAAGUUCUCUACCUUUAAAAGUCGUGGUGAGCUAUUACUUCGUGGUGAUCAUACAUCAGAAAUUGUUUCCCUCAUGGAAGAUAGCUUAAUGAUCCUAGGCUCCCUUAUGAGUAACCGCUAUAAUGCACCGUUUAAGAAAGAUAUUCAGUCAUGGGUACAAAAAUUAUCAAAUACAACUGAUAUUAUCGAAGAUUGGUUGCAAGUACAAAAUUUGUGGAUCUAUUUAGAAGCAGUAUUUGUUGGUGGUGAUAUUGCUAAGCAGCUACCCAAGGAGGCAAAGCGAUUUCAAAAUAUCGAUAAAUCAUGGGUUAAAAUUAUGACUCGAGCUCACGAAAAUGUCAAUGUUGUUGUUUGUUGUGUUGGUGACGAGACCCUUGGUCAAUUGUUGCCUCAUUUACAAGAGCAACUAGAAUUAUGUCAAAAAUCCUUGAGCGGGUACCUUGAAAAGAAAAGAUUGGUCUUUCCUCGCUUUUUCUUCGUAUCCGAUCCGGCAUUAUUAGAAAUUCUUGGUCAAGCAAGUGAUUCCCAUACUAUACAAGCUCACCUCCUAGGAAUCUUUGAUAAUGUUAAGAGUGUUCAAUUUCACGAGAAAGAUUACGAUCGCAUUCUAUCGGUAUCAUCUCGCGAAGGGGAAUCGAUCGAGCUCGAUAAAAGUGUUGUUGCUCAAGGAAGUGUUGAAUUAUGGUUGACCAAUUUACUAAAUACAGUCCAUCGUUCAGUUCAUGGUAUCAUUCGUCAAGCUCAUGUAGCCAUUAAUGAUCAAAACUUCAACUUGAUUGAAUUUUUAAAUAUCUUUCCAGCUCAGAUUGGUUUACUUGGAUUACAAAUGAUCUGGACGAGAGACGCUCAAGAUGCGCUAAGAAAUGCCAAACAAGAUCGUAGAAUUAUGGGAGAAACCAAUCAAAAUUUCAUAAGUAUUCUAAACGUAUUAAUCGAUAUGACCACAAAAGACAUGAGCAAAAUGGAACGUACCAAGUAUGAGACAUUAAUUACUAUCCAUGUCCAUCAGCGUGAUAUCUUUGACGAUUUAGUACGCCAGCAUAUUCGUUCACCUUCUGAUUUUGAAUGGCUCAAGCAGUCUCGAUUUUAUUUCAAUGAGGAUCUCGAUAAAUGCAUCAUCUCUAUUACUGAUGUUGAUUUUCAAUAUCAAAAUGAAUAUCUCGGUUGUACAGAGCGAUUGGUUAUUACACCUUUAACAGAUCGUUGCUAUAUUACAUUAUCACAAGCUUUAGGAAUGUCAUUAGGUGGUGCACCAGCUGGCCCUGCAGGUACUGGUAAAACUGAAACAACCAAAGAUAUGGGUAAAGCAUUAGGAAAAUAUGUCGUCGUAUUCAACUGCUCCGAUCAAAUGGAUUAUCGUGGUCUAGGUCGUAUAUUUAAAGGUUUAGCCCAAUCCGGUAGUUGGGGCUGUUUCGAUGAAUUCAAUCGUAUCGAUUUACCUGUUUUAUCCGUUGCAGCUCAGCAAAUAUCAGUGGUAUUAACAAGCAAAAAAGAGAGAAGGAAACAUUUCAUCUUUACCGAUGGUGAUAAUGUUGAUUUAAGUCCAGAAUUUGGUAUUUUCUUAACCAUGAAUCCAGGCUAUGCUGGGCGUCAAGAGCUACCUGAAAAUUUAAAAAUCAACUUUAGAACAGUGGCUAUGAUGGUACCUGAUCGCCAAAUUAUCAUCCGUGUUAAAUUAGCUAGUUGUGGCUUCUUGGAUAAUGUUAAUUUAGCGCGAAAAUUUUAUACCUUAUAUAAAUUAUGCGAAGAACAGUUAACCAAGCAAGUCCAUUACGAUUUUGGCCUACGAAAUAUUCUGUCAGUAUUGCGUACACUUGGCGCUGCUAAACGAUCUAAUCCACAUGAUGGCGAAAGCACAACUGUGAUGCGUGUUUUACGUGAUAUGAAUUUAUCCAAAUUAGUCGAUGAAGAUGAGCCACUGUUUUUAAGCUUGAUUAACGAUUUAUUCCCAGGUAUUAAUCUGGAUAAAGCUGGUUAUCCAGAAUUAGAAUCAGCUAUUGAUAACCAAGUUGAAUUAUCUGGCUUAAUAAGUCAUCCAUCAUGGAAAUUGAAAUUAAUUCAGCUUUUCGAAACUCAAAAAGUACGCCAUGGUAUGAUGGCAUUAGGUCCUAGUGGUGCUGGUAAAACCUGCUGUAUUCAUACGUUAAUGAAAGCAAUGACUGAAUGUGGCCAACCACAUCGUGAAAUGAGAAUGAAUCCUAAAGCUAUUACAGCAUCGCAAAUGUUUGGACGUUUAGAUGUUGCAACCAAUGAUUGGACUGACGGUAUCUUUUCAACAUUAUGGAGGAAAACAUUGCGUACCCGCAAAGGUGAACAUAUCUGGCUGGUAUUAGAUGGGCCUGUUGAUGCUAUAUGGAUUGAAAAUUUAAAUAGUGUCUUAGAUGAUAACAAAACUUUAACAUUAGCUAAUGGUGAUCGCAUACCAAUGUCGCCAAACUGUAAAAUUAUCUUUGAGCCUCACAAUAUCGACAAUGCUUCUCCAGCGACAGUAUCGCGCAAUGGUAUGGUCUACAUGAGUUCAUCGGGUCUUGAUUGGAAUCCUAUUUUAGAAGGUUGGCUUAAAAGUCGAACACCACAGGAAGCUGAAACAUUACGCAGUCUAUUCUCCCAUACAUUUGCUGAAAUAUAUCAAUUUGUCAAUCAAAAUUUAGAAGCUAAGAUGAAUGUCUUAGAAUGCAAUUACAUCUUUCAAGCCAUACGAUUACUCGAUGGAUUAAUACCAGACAAAGAUGAUGUCGGUAAUGUAUCACCGUUACAAUUAGAGCAUCUAUAUACCUUUGCCAUUAUGUGGAGUUUAGGUGCCUUACUUGAAUUAGAUCAUCGUGCUAAAUUGGAAACCUUCAUGAAAGAGCAAGGUAAAUUAAGUUUACCCCCAGCUGAUGAGGAUAACCAUGAAACAAUAUUUGAAUAUAUGGUGGACAGCCAAGGUCAAUGGCAACAUUGGUCGACACGCGUUGAAGAAUAUCAUUAUCCAAAAGAUCGCACACCAGAUUAUUUAUCCAUCUUAGUUCCCAACAUUGACAAUGUUAGGACCGAUUUCUUAAUACAAACGAUUGCAAAACAAAAUAUAGCAGUAUUAUUAAUCGGCGAACAAGGUACUGCAAAGACCGUUAUGGUGAAAAGUUAUAUGUCACGAUAUGAUCCAGAAAAGCAUUUAAGCAAAAGUUUCAAUUUUUCUUCAGCAACAACACCAUUACUAUUCCAACGUACCAUUGAAAGUUAUGUUGAUAAGCGUAUGGGCAGUACAUUUGGUCCACCUGCUGGAAAAAAAAUGACUGUUUUUAUCGAUGAUAUUAAUAUGCCUGUCAUUAAUGAAUGGGGUGAUCAAAUUACCAAUGAAAUUGUACGCCAACUGAUCGAAUUUAAUGGCUUUUAUAGCCUUGAAAAAGCGGGAGAUUUUACAAAUAUUGUCGAUUUACAAUUUAUUGCUGCUAUGAUUCAUCCUGGUGGCGGUCGUAAUGAUAUCCCUAGCCGUCUUAAGCGGCAUUUUUGCAUUUUUAAUAGUACCUUACCAUCCAAUCAAUCCAUCGAUAAAAUAUUCGGUGUUAUCGGUACUGGUCAUUUUUGCAUUGAACGCGGAUUUAAGCCUGAAAUUAUCGAUUUAGCUGCUAAAUUAGUAACAGUAACUCGACGCUUAUGGCAAUUAACUAAAGUGAAAAUGUUGCCUACACCAGCUAAAUUUCAUUAUAUCUUUAAUUUACGUGAUUUAUCGCGUAUUUGGCAAGGAAUGCUCAACAGUAUUGCAUCUGUUGUCAAUAGCCAAGGCAUACUAUUGCAAUUAUGGAGGCAUGAAUGCCAGAGAGUUAUCUCAGAUCGAUUUAUUAAUACACAAGAUCAAGAUUGGUUUAAUAGAACACUCAUUCGUGUAGCUGAAGAAGAUCUCGAUAUGGAUAUUAGCAUUGAGCCUUAUUUUGUCGAUUUCUUGCGUGAUGCCCCUGAAGUCCUUGGUGACGAGCCAGACGAUGCUGAUUUAGAUGCACCAAAAAUCUAUGAACCAAUUCCAUCAUUUGAAAUCCUAGAAGAACGUUUAAGAAUGUUUAUGGUUCAAUAUAAUGAAACGAUACGUGGCUCUGGAUUGGAUCUUGUAUUUUUCCGAGAUGCAAUGAUCCAUUUAAUGAGAAUAUCACGAGUUAUCCGUACAGCACGAGGCAAUGUACUUAUUGUCGGUGUUGGUGGCUCUGGCAAGCAAAGUCUAACACGUUUAGCUUCAUUUAUUGCCGGAUAUAAAACAUUCCAAAUUACUUUAACACGCUCCUAUAAUGCCAACAAUUUCCUCGACGAUUUAAAAGUCUUGUAUCGUAUUGCUGGCUUCCAAGGACAUGGUACGACAUUUAUCUUCACAGAUCAAGACAUUAAAGACGAAAGUUUCCUGGAAUAUCUCAAUAAUGUCCUAUCAUCGGGUGAAUUAUCCAAUUUAUUUGCACGUGAUGAAUUAGAUGAAAUAUGUACUGAUCUUAUACCAGUUAUGAAGAAAGAAUAUCCACGACGUCCUCCUACACCAGAAAAUCUAUAUGAUUACUUCUUAACACGCGCUAAGCAUAAUUUACAUGUUGUCUUAUGCUUUUCACCUGUUGGUGAUAAAUUCCGCACCAGAACAUUAAAAUUCCCUGGCCUUAUUAGUGGCUGUACCAUGGAUUGGUUUAGUCGUUGGCCAAAAGAUGCUUUAAUUGCUGUUGCUGAUCAUUAUUUAUCGUCAUUCGAUAUAUCAUGCACAUCGGAAGUUAAGCGUCAAGUUGUUCAAGCCAUGGGUGUCUUUCAUGAUGGCGUAGCUGAAAGUUGUACUGAUUAUUUCCAACGUUAUCGACGUGCAACGCACGUUACUCCAAAAUCUUACCUAUCAUUUAUUAACAGUUACAAGAUUGUUUAUUAUGAUAAACGCAAAGAUAUUGGGGAAUUAGCUAAACGUAUGAAUGUUGGUCUGGAUAAAUUACUUGAAGCCAGUGAAUCAGUCCAUUCUUUAUCCAAAGAGUUGGCAAUUAAAGAGAAAGAAUUAGCUAUUGCAUCCGAGAAAGCCGAUGAUGUAUUAAAGGAAGUAACAGCCAGUGCUCACGCGGCUGAAAAAGUUAAAACUCAAGUGCAAAAAGUAAAAGACAAAGCUCAAGCUAUUGUCGAUACCAUUGAAAAGGAUAAAAAUAUAGCUGAAGCUAAAUUAGAGGCUGCAAGACCGGCAUUGGAAGAAGCAGAAGCAGCAUUGCAAACUAUCAAGCCAAGCCAUAUUGCAACAGUUCGAAAAUUACAGAAACCGCCUCAUUUAAUUAUGCGUAUUAUGGAUUGUGUUUUGCUCUUAUUUAUGCGUUCCAUGGAUAAAGUUCAUGUUGAUCUGGACCGACCACAAUUUACCAAACCAUCAUGGGCUGAAUCCUUGAAAUUAAUGGGUGGCAGCAGCUUUUUAAGCGGAUUACAAAAUUUUCCUAAAGAUAGUAUUAACGAAGAAACCGUUGAAUUAUUAGAGCCAUACAUUACUCAGGAUGAUUAUAAUAACGAUAAUGCUAAACGUGUCUGUGGCGAUGUUGCUGGCUUAUGUUCGUGGACAAAAGCUAUGGCAUACUUUUUUGGCAUUAAUAAGGAGGUUCUACCAUUGAAAGCUAAUUUAAUUAUCCAACAAGCUCGCUAUGAUUCAGCUAUGCAAGAUCUACAAAAAGCCCAAUCUGAUCUCGACGAAAAACAACGUGAAUUAGAUGAAGUUCAAGCGCUAUACGAAGCAGCAGUCAAAGAAAAGCAAGAUUUAAUUAACGAUGCUGAGACUUGUCGUCGUAAAAUGCAAGCUGCUACAGCAUUAAUUGAAGGUUUAGCUGGUGAACGCCAACGUUGGACACAACAAAGUAAAGAAUUUGAAUCUGAAAUUGGUCGUUUAGUUGGAGACGUCUUAUUAUGCACAGCGUUUCUCUCCUAUGCGGGUCCAUUCAAUCAAGAAUUUAGAAGUAUCUUAUCGCGUAAUUGGCAGCGCGAAAUGAGAAUUAAGAAGAUUCCAUUUACUCUUAACCUAAAUAUAUCAGGAAUGCUUGUAGAUAAUACCGAAGUUAGUGAAUGGUUAAUACAAGGUUUACCAAAUGAUGAUCUCUCGAUUCAAAAUGGUAUUAUAGUAACGAAAGCAACACGCUAUCCGUUACUGAUUGAUCCACAAGGUCAAGGCAAGAUAUGGGUUAAAAAUCGCGAAGCAAAUAGUGACUUAAUGAUUACAUUCCUCAAUCAUAAAUACUUUAGAUCACAUCUAGAAGAUUCAUUAUCACUAGGUAGGCCAUUACUGAUUGAGAAUGUUGGCGAAGAAUUAGAUCCAGCAUUAGAUAAUAUCUUGGAGAAAAAUUUCAUCCGUACUGGCAGUACUCCUAAAGUGAAAGUAGGCGAUAAAGAAGUCGAUGUCUUGCCUGGAUUUAAGUUGUAUAUUACCACCAAGUUAGCUAAUCCAUCUUAUACACCGGAAAUAAGUGCAAGAACAUCAAUGAUUGACUUUACAGUUACCAUGAAAGGUCUAGAAGACCAACUCUUAGGGCGCGUUAUAUUAACAGAAAAGGAAGAGUUAGAAGCUGAAAGGAGUAAAUUAAUGGAGGAAGUCACCGCUAAUAAGCGUAAAAUGAAAGAGUUAGAGGAUAAUUUAUUAUAUCGUCUAACUAGUAUCCAAGGCUCAUUAGUCGACGAUGAAUCACUUAUUAUUGUCUUAGGCAAUACAAAACGCACAGCUGAAGAUGUAAGCCAAAAAUUAGCCAUUGCAGCUGAAACAGAAGUUAAAAUUAAUGCUGCACGUGAAGAAUUUCGACCAGUUGCAACGCGUGGUAGCAUCUUAUAUUUCCUUAUUGUUGAAAUGUCAAUGGUUAAUUGUAUGUAUCAAACAUCGCUACGUCAAUUUCUUGGCAUUUUUGAUAUUUCAAUUACCCAAUCAGCUAAAUCGCCUAUUACAAGUAAACGUAUUGGCAAUAUUAUUGAAUAUCUUACCUAUGCUGUAUUCAAGUAUUCAUGUCGUGGCUUAUAUGAAAGUCAUAAAUUCUUAUUUACACUACUUUUGGCGUUAAAAAUCGAUUUACAAAACAACAAGAUCAAACGUGAAGAAUUUCACACUUUAAUUAAAGGUGGUGCUGCAUUAGAUUUGAAAGCUUGCCCUCCUAAACCAUCUAAAUGGAUCUUAGAUAUGACAUGGUUGAAUUUAGUUGAAUUGAGUAAGCUACCUCAAUUUGCAGAUAUUUUAAAUCAAAUUAGUCGUAAUGAGAAAGCAUGGAAAAUAUGGUUCGAUAGCGAUGCACCUGAAGAAGCACAAAUGCCUGAUGGCUAUCAAAACUCUCUUGAUACGUUUAGGAAAUUAUUGUUGAUAAGAUCUUGGUGUUUAGAUCGUACUAUUGCUCAAGCACGUAAAUAUAUUGCUAGCUCACUUGGUGAACGUUAUGCCGAAGGGGUCAUCUUAGAUCUAGAGCAAAUGUGGGAAGAAAGCGAUGCUCGUAUACCUCUUGUAUGCUUAUUAUCCACUGGUUCUGAUCCUACACCACAAAUUGAAGCAUUAGCUAAGCGUAAUAAGUUAGAUUGUCGAGCAAUAUCGAUGGGACAAGGGCAAGAAAUUCAUGCACGACGACUACUACAACAAAGUAUUGCAUCAGGUGGAUGGGUAUUACUGCAAAAUUGUCAUUUAGGACUCAAUUUUAUGGAAGAAUUAUUAACUAUAAUGAUUGAUACCGAAUCUUUACAUGAUUCUUUCCGAUUAUGGAUGACUACUGAAGUUCAUCCAAGUUUUCCAAUUGGUCUGUUGCAAAUAUCAAUCCGAUUUACUAAUGAGCCACCCCAAGGUGUUAAAGCUGGCAUUAAGCGUACUUAUGCUGGAAUUAGUCAAGAUCAAUUAGACAUUAAUAGCAUGCCGCAAUGGAAACCAAUGCUGUAUGGUAUUGCAUUCCUGCACACUACUGUCCAAGAGAGGAGAAAGUUUGGCCCAUUAGGCUGGAAUAUACCUUAUGAAUUCAAUCAGGCUGAUUUCACAUCAACCAUCCAAUUUGUACAAAAUCAUCUAGAUGACAUGGAUAUUAAGAAAGGUGUUUCAUGGAAUACCAUCCGUUAUAUGAUUGGCGAAGUUCAUUAUGGUGGACGUGUAACAGAUGACUACGAUAAGCGCUUAUUGAAUACUUUUGGCAAAGUAUGGUUUAAUGAUACCAUGUUUAGCUCGUCAUUUACUUUCUAUAAAGGUUAUGCUAUCCCUAAAAGUAAUACCAUAUCGCAAUAUAUGGAAUUUAUCGAUACUAUUCCAUUAGUCGAUACACCAGAAGUAUUUGGGUUGCAUCCUAAUGCUGAUAUAACCUAUCAGAGUAACAUGGCACAAGGUGUUUUAAGUACAAUUUUAAGUAUUCAGCCUAAAGAUAGUGCAACUGGAGGAGGUGAAACACGAGAAAGUGUUGUUUAUCGUUUAGCUGAUGAUAUGCUAGAGAAAUUGCCUAAAGACUAUAUACCUCAUGAAGUUAAAGAACGAAUUCAAAUUAUGGGCCCAUUAUCACCCAUGAAUAUUUUCUUACGCCAAGAAAUUGAUCGUAUGCAGCGUGUUAUUGCUAUCGUUCGCCAAACCUUAAACGAUUUAAAAUUAGCCAUCGAUGGUACCAUUAUAAUGAGUGAAAAUUUACGAAAUGCUUUGGAUAAUAUGUAUGAUGCACGAGUUCCCACAUUAUGGAAGAAAAUCUCCUGGGAAUCAUCAACAUUAGGAUUUUGGUUUACCGAAUUAUUAGAGCGCAAUCAACAAUUUCAUACAUGGUGCUUUGAUGGUCGUCCUAAUGCAUUUUGGAUGACUGGAUUUUUUAAUCCCCAAGGUUUCCUAACUGCUAUGAGGCAAGAAGUUACUCGUGCACACAAGGGAUGGGCAUUAGAUAAUGUUACACUACAAAACGAUGUUACCAAACAUUAUAAGGACGAUGUGAAUUCUGCUCCAUCGGAAGGUGUCUAUGUCUAUGGCUUGUACUUAGAAGGAUCUGGUUGGGAUCGUCGCGGUUGUAAAUUAGUAGAGCCACCAGCUAAAGUUUUAUAUACACCUUUGCCUGUCAUCCAUAUCUAUGCUAGUAAUACAGCAGUUCAACGAGAUAAUCGUAUUUAUGAAUGCCCAAUUUAUAAAAAGCCAAAACGAACUGAUUUAACUUAUAUUGCAUCGGUCGAUUUGAAAACUAAUCAAGUUCCCGAGCACUGGAUAUUACGUGGUGUUGCACUAUUAUGUGAUAUCAAGUAA